AGUGACAAAAUGGCAAUGGAAUGUAUAUGCAAGAGAAGGACUUUAUAAAGGGUUUUCGCCAUAAUUCUGUAUAAAAUACCGGAUUUUUUCAAUAAAAGUGAUGUGUAUGUAAAAUUUAACGUGAAGUGCAAUAUUCGUACAUUUGUGUAUGUGAUUUUUACUCAGUUUAGGUGGUUUUCUUCAAUAAUUAUGAACCAUAUAUUUUUAACAAUAGAAAGUUCUUUGUGUAACUCGUCGCAUUAAGGGUGUUGAAGUUGCAUCUUAUGGAUACAGUCCGUUGGGUAAAAACGAAUUUCAGGUAAAACUGCAGCUUAGUUUUGACCACUGGUUGUCCUCGUCGUGGCAAAAAUGUAUGGAUUAUAAAUUUGAGAUUAAUGAUGAUCUUUAGUGAGAGCUGGAGUCAUGUAAAGUGAUUCCGAGCCCCCGACGUAGCGCUACCGCUUACCCCGGGGACAACUGUGCCAGAAUUAGGAGGCAAGGCAAUUUGCCGCCCCGUUUUAUCCGACAAUGGGCUGGCCGCCGUGUGGAACGAGCUUUAGUCUCAGCAGCGUCGUUCUCAGGGCGCUGGUCUUGCUGCUGUUCAGUUUUCACUACUUCGUGCUCGCCACGGCGGUACCUACGAACGCAAAAUUCUACACGAUACAUUGGAAUUCGUCGAACCCGAUAUUCCGUAUCGACAAUACAGACAACAUUAUCGACGUGAACAGAAACAACCUCAAGUUCGAGUAUGAUCAGGUCAACCUGAUUUGUCCGGUUUACACCCCAGGGACGAGAGACGACGAAAUGGAAAAGUACAUAAUAUACAACGUGUCCAAGGAUGAAUACGACACGUGUAGGAUAACGAAUCCUAAUCCUAGGAUAAUCGCGGUCUGCGACAAACCGUACAAGUUGAUGUAUUUCACGAUAACGUUUAGGCCGUUUACGCCCCAACCUGGGGGUUUAGAAUUCCUGCCAGGUCACGAUUAUUAUUUCAUUUCGACAUCGACAAGCGAUGAUCUCCAUCGAAGAAUAGGCGGUCGUUGUACCACUCACAAUAUGAAAAUUGUGUUCAAAGUUUGGGGUCCAUCGGCGCAAACCCCUACUCUGCCACCUACUCCACCGCCUGUAAGGCCUACGUGGUGGUCCGUCACGCCCCAAAGGAUGACAACUACAACGACUACAACAACCACGACGACGCAACCGCCACCUACAACCACAAAGAAGUCGAAACCAUAUAAUAAACACCCGAACGAGGUGGUUAAAAGUGAAGAGUUAACCCUCGGAGGCAAUCGCGUCUCCGGAGUGGUUAAUUCAAACAAUUUAGUGUUUGUUCUAGUGAUGGUGUUGUUUGUAGUGGUAUUACGAUGAGCUGAACAAUUAAUUUAAUUUAAAUGGCGCUAUAAAUGUGUGUGACCAGUCCCCUGAUCAACGUCCAUUGCUAAAAGUGAAGCGAACUCUCUCGAACUGGUGUUUCGUCCCCCCCGAUCCUAAUUUUAUAUGUUUAUAUAUAUAAAUAUUGCAACAUAGUGUGCAAAUUGGCAUGAACUUUCGAAAUAUCGUUAUGAAAUAACGAAAACCCCGCCCCGAAACUUACGGACCUAAACUUAAUAACAAUGAGUUUUUCUUGAAUUAAAAAAAUGGAAAUGCCUAAAGAACUGUGUAUUUAAGAUUUAAAUUAUUUUUAAAUCCUUGGGAAUUUUACCUUAUUUAUUAGUAUCUUAUAUUUUUAAUUAGGUAAAAAACUGUACAUAUUUGUGUAUUAUUUUCGAAUAAUGGUGUUUUGUUAAAAUAUUUCAAACAUACCUUGGAACCGCAUUCUACUAGAAAGAUAGUUGGCCUAUUUAACUUAGUAUUUAUUGAAAAUUUCACACACACGCUAUUAAAUUUACACGAUAUAUUUACUCAAAUAUAUAUAUAUAUAUAUAUAUAUAUAUAUAUAUAUAUAUAUAUAUAUAUAUAUAUAUAUAUAUAUAUAUAUAUAUAUAUAUAUAUAUAUAUAUAUAUAUAUAUAUAUAUAUAUAUAUAUAUAUAUAUAUAUAUAUAUAUAUACUUAUACAUGUAUACAGAUUGGGCCUAAAGAAGAAAUUAAAUGAUCCCGUAAUCGAAUGUUCUGCUUCAGAAACGGUUUUUCUGAAUUCAUAUAUUGUGUGCACCUACAUUUAUUUAAAUUUUUCAGGUAGGCAUUAUUAUACUUGGGUAAAAGUGUAUAAUUAGGAAUAGAAUUUGAUAAUUGUGAUACUAAUAUAUAAAUUACUAGUAAUAAUAAAAUAGUUUUAAUGAAACACCGGAGCGCGAGUGCGAGGUAUUAUAUUCUUCGUUCUUUUGCAUCAUUUGAAAGAAUAUCUGCAUUUGCCAAAGUUAAUUUUUGAAUUUUUUUGCUGUUUUGCAUACAUUAGGGACUUGCGCAGGAACCUUAUUUAAUUCUGUACACAUAUUUCAUUUAUUUCAACGAAAAAUUGUGCCAUAGACGCACUUUCCGAAAAAAUUGUUGCAACCUGAGGUAGGAUCGCAAUGGACACUAAACAGAUGAAUAUUUAUUUUAAAGUUGGUGCCACGGAGAUUAUAUUUUUGGGAUCUGCAUACUGAUUUUUUUUACGCUAUUCAUUGUGUUAUUUACAUAGAGUACCUAAAAGAUAUAUUAAUAAUGUUGGUUCAGAAAAAUAAUUCGUUAACAAAAAAUAUGUAAUUGAACAAUUGAAUGGAUACAUAUAUGGUAGUUACAUUUUAUUGCACAGAAUUUUGAUUUUUAAUAUUUUUAAUAUUCUUAAUUUAAACUGAAUGUGUUUUUCUAGUCAGAGAAUAAAAAAACAUCAAAACAAAAAUAACAAUGAAUGAUCAACGUUUAGAUUGAUAAAUAUCUAAAAUUAACAAUUUUUAAUACUUAAAUUUGGAGAGUAGUUGUUCUAUUAGUUUAUGAUUUUGAGAAAGCACAGUUACAAUUAAUGUGUUUAUAUACAAAUCCAUUUAAAAACAUACAUAAUUAUAUAAAGGAGUAGAUAACAUUUUCGAUAUCACUUGUGCGAGUAGUAAUUAUUGAUGACCAAUUAAUCAUGGUAAUAGGAUAAAGUGUACUGAUAAAAGACAUUUAGGGGUUAAUGCUGCUAAUCUAUUUUUGAGUUUAUGGCAAUGUAAUUUUUAUAGUAAAGUAAGCGUCAGUACAGUUUUACUUCCAACUUUGUCAAUGAUCAUAAUAAAAACGUUUGGAGUGUAAACAACAAAAACUAACCAAUCUGUUUAUUUUUGCAAACAAUUUUUUUUCGAUGAUAUUAUUGAUAAUAUCUUUUAAGGAUACUAUUAUAUUUAUAAAGGUAAAAUUCCUAGGCCUGAUCUUUAUAUAGAAACAAUUACGCAAUUUAGUUAAACAAAUCGAAUAUGACAAAAAUGGUAGUGUACAGACAGUUUUACAUGUUAUCUAAUUUUCCGUUUAAAGAACAUUAUGCUAUGCGAGGCGCAUAAUUGACCAAUCCUAAAAUUCGGCAGAGAAAAAAGCAAAAAAAAAGAAAAACUUGUAAAUGUUAUAUUUUUCCUGGUCAGUUGAUUAUUUCUAGUAUAACAGUGUUGGACAUUUUUUCAAAAAACAACAAAUAAUAAAUUUAAAGUGAAACUAAAGUGUAAUUGUAUGAUGAAAGACUGAAAAAAAGAUACUAGUUUCUAUUGUGUUAAUAUAAAGUAUUACCCUUAAACAGUAUGAUCUGGCGUUUUUAGUAUUAAUUUGCUUGCUAUUUAAAAUAAGAAACCUGCACAGAAGUUUUGGUUGUUUUGUAAUCUUACUGGUCCUUUGUAUGAAAAUAAUUCCUAAUGUAAAUUAAUUAAUUACAUUAAUACUUCCCUUAGUUAGAGUAUGUUCUAAAUCCAUGGUAACAACAGUCACUAAACCUAAAUACACAGGGGCACUAGCUGGCUUGGAAUGCUCUGCAGAGGGAGCGUAGUGAAAGAGAAAGGUAAAAUUUUAAGAAAUGCUUAAAGUGACCCUUCUAGUUUUGCUUAUGUUUUUCAUCAGUUUGUGUUAUUUUAAAUGAUUUACCCUAAAUGCCGUAUACUUAAUUUUUAAAAUGGAAAACGCUUAAUUUAAAUAUUUUUUUAAUUCUUUUAUACUAGAAUGUUGUAUACCUAAGAUGUUUCAAUAAAUAUUAUUUAAACUAAAAAAAAAUAAUUUCUUUCACAAGUAGUAAAAAAGAAUCUACCUAAAGUGCUGUUUUCAUUUAAAAUUAUUUUAUCAUCAUAUAAAUAAACUAAAAGUUUUUGCUUCCCAAUUGCCUCUAAUGCCUCUUUUAAUCUUGCCAUUAUUUUUUAUUACCGUCCUUUAUUUUGGAACCCGAUAAAACUAAGAACGCCAGCAUGGAUUUGUGUCUAGAAAGUAGCUAUAAUAUGAAUAUUAAUGUAAUUUUGAUCAAAACAAAGCCAUAAUAACGAUGAAAUAAUCGGUAUCGAUACAUUUCCUAAUAAAAAUGAUAUCUUUCAGAUUAGCAACAAUUAAUUGACCAAAUCUGUUUAAAUACAACCAUUAUACAUAUUUUCUUAAACCAAGUUUUGUGUGUGCAAUAUGAUCCUCAUAAAUGUGACUUUAUUAUUAUAAAAAGUCUGCUAAGUCGAAUUCCAUCCAAACAAUAUGUAUUCACCAAAAUGGUGUACUUAAAUACUUGGUCAAAUAUAAUACUUUAAAAUUUUUACUCCCAAGACCUUCAAUACUUUUCUUUUGUUAACCCGAUGAGCCCAAUGUGUAUGUUCAAUCGUACAAUAAAUAUUGUAAAAUGCACCUAUACAUAUAGACAAAAAUAUACAUACAAAAUUGAAAUUUGGAGGUUUUUUUUCAAUUGUUUUAUUCCAUUUUCUUAGCUGUGUUAUAAAAGUGGUAGUUUUUAGUCAAUAUUUGUUGCUUAAAAUGUACACACAUGCUCUUCCUCACUCUUAUUUCCCUGGCAAAACGACAUGUAUAAAACGUAACCGUCUUGUUGAUUACCUGUAAUAUUUAAAAGUAUAAGAAAAGAUUGGCUAAAAAACACCAUGAAUUGUUUUUAGCUGCACAUAUUUUUCUUAAGCUUUGUAGUAAAUGUUACUUGGUAAUGUUUGUGUAUCAACCACAAAAUUGUUCAAUGUUCUGAUUAUUUUUUUAAAUAUAUUAAUCUAUUUA